CACACACACACACACACACACACACACACACACACACACACACACACACACACACUCUCUCUCUCUUUCUCUAUCUCUCUCUCUCUACUGAGGCUUUGUCUAUAAAAGCAGCCAGCCCCUAAGGAGGAGAGGAAGGAGAGACAGAAGACUAGUCUGUCAGCGCAGAACACACACACACACACACCCACACACACACACUGUCUGUCGGGAACAAACACGUACCAAACCAUCCGCUCACACAACACUCCUAGGACAUGAACACUCUCAUCCUCUCCUCUCUGCUGUGUUUGGUUUUCAGCGCUCUAGGUGUCCUGGGAUCCGCAGUGACGUUCUCUGCGGGGCUGAGCCAUGUGACGGGGGCAUUGGCCUCAGGGGAAGGGGAGGAGCUACAGAGCUCUCUGGGCGAUGAGGAGGAACUGGAUCUUGAAGAAGAUCUGUCGGGAGGAACACCUACAGACGGCUCACCCCAACUGCCGCGUCACAGUAAGGACCAAAAAGAAAAGGGGAGAGGUCCGAAAGUAAAAAGUAAAAAAGGAAAGAAGAAAAAGAAGACAAGAACCUCCACAGCCUUCAACCCUGAACACACGUCAGCAGGACAGACGUUAGCAGGACAGACGUCAGCAGGACAGAUGUCAGCAGGACGGACGUCAGCAGGACAGACGUCAACAGGACAGACGUCAGCAGGACGGACGUCAACAGGACAGACGUCGGAGUUCCCGGCCGCACACACACACCAGACGUCAGGACGUGUCACAGAGGACCCUUGUAGCUUUUCCCACAAGGGCUACUGUAUCCAUGGGCUCUGCAAGUACAUGGCAGACCUGAGAGAGCCAGUGUGUAUGUGUAAUAAAGGAUACGAUGGUGAGCGCUGUGGGAUCCUGCUCCUACCUACGACGAACAAGGAGGACAGCGGCAGAGCCGAGGUGGUUCAGACGGUCCUGGUCGUUAUAGCUGUGGUCCUCUCGUGCGUCAGCUGCCUCGCCAUACUGCUCAUGGCUUGCACACAUUACAGAACUCAUCAGAACUUUCUGGCUACCUAUCUUGGCUCUGGCAGUGAGAAGCAGCUCCAGAAAACCACACCCUGUGACAUCACAGUGUGACCAUCAACAGAGAACUUAAACGUCUGGAACCAUGAGAACCGGGACAACCAGAGGAGAAACCGGUUCUGGCUCCUACCCAGCGGAGUGAUCUACUGAACACACUCUACAACGCCAGACAGUAGCAUUUUCUGUAGGAGAACCAGCAUAGAACCUCCUUGAAGAACCAGCAUAGAACCUCCUUGAAGAACCAGCAUAGAACCGCCUUGAAGAACCAGCAUAGAACCUCCUUGAAGAACCAGCAUAGAACCGCCUUGAAGAACCAGCAUAGAACCGCCUUGAAGAACCAGCAUAGAACCGCCUUGAAGAACCAGCAUAGAACCGCCUUGAAGAACCAGCAUAGAACCGCCUUGAAGAACCAGCAUAGAACCGCCUUGAAGAACCAGCAUAGAACCGCCUUGUUAUUCUAAUUUAUUGGAUUAUUUAUUGGUGACAGAGCGUUGUUUUAUUAGAUAUGAUUGGACUGUGAUGUUGAGCAUCAUGUUCCCACUACGCUAUUGUUUAUUUAUUAACCAGGCUGUUCCUAGGUCAGAUCUACUGUACUGGACAUAGAUGGAAUCUAUCUGUUCACAAAUAAAGUCAAGUCA